ACAUUUUCAGUCCUUUCCGGACCAAAGUGAGAUCUAUCUCUUAUCUCUCUCUGUCUUUGUUCUCACUACAAGACAAAACAAUCACGAGAACACCUCUUUCCCUUCUCCAAAAUCUAAUCCUUCCAUGGAGUCUCCUCACUUCUCCUCCUCAGAUCUCUCCUAAAUUACACAAAGCCAUGUCUUACCUUCUCCGCCCCGAUCCCGUCUCCCGGAUCCACCCGGAGCCUCAACCUUCAGACGACACCGACCACUUCGACCAUCUCCCCGACUCUCUCCUCCUCCUCAUCUUCGAUAAAGUCGCCGACGUCAAAGAUCUCGGCCGCUGCUGCAUCGUCUCCCGCAGAUUCCACUCCCUCGUCCCUUUCGUCGAGAACGUCCUCGUCCGCGUCGACUGCGUCAUCUCCGACGACGACUCCUCCGCCUCCGGCGACGACGAUCGUCGCUUCUCGCUAAACACCGCGUCGAUCUCCGACGCCUCCGCCGGCGGCUCCUUCUCCGCCUUGUUCCGCCUCGUCUUCGCUCCGAUCUUCAAGCCGUUUCAAGCGCUGGGGCAGUUCCUAGGGCCGAGACGAUCGUCUUCGUCUCUCGAGGAUGAGGUUGAUCAGAGCGGCGUCACGCACCACUCGCCGACGCAGGUUCUGAAAAACUUCGCGGAGAUUCGGUUUCUGAGGAUCGAACUGCCGACGGGGGAGCUGGGGAUCGAAGACGGUAUCUUGCUCAAGUGGAGAGCUGACUUCGGAUCCACGCUUGAUAACUGCAUGAUCCUCGGCGCGUCUUCCGUGACUCGGUCCACUUCAGAUCUCGAGAGUCCUCUCCUUGAUGACGACAAUGGUAACAUACCUGAGUCGUUCUACACUAACGGAGGACUUAAGCUUCGUGUUGUCUGGACGAUCAGCUCUUUAAUCGCCGCCUCCGCUCGCCAUUACCUUCUCCAACCGAUCAUAACCGAGCACAAGACGUUGGAUCGUCUUGUUCUGUCUGAUGCCGACGGGCAAGGUGUCCUGUCUAUGAACAGAGAACAGCUUGAGGAGCUUAGGGUUACUCCUUUGUCGGCUUCUUCAGCUUCGAAGAGGACGCUUGUUCCGGCGUUGAACAUGAGGCUGUGGUAUGCGCCGCAGUUGGAUUUACCUGAUGGUACGGUUCUGAAAGGUGCGACAUUGGUGGCUAUUAGGCCGAGCGAGUCGAAGAAGGAAGUGUGUGAUGCUUCUUGGUUGGCUGAUGCAUUUGAGGAACCGUUUGGGACCGCCGCGAGGAUGUUGAUCAAGAGGAGGACUUAUUGUCUGGAGAUGAACUCGUUUUGAUUUGGGCACCACGACGGUUUCAGAUAGAGAGAGCAAGCAAAUCCACAUGUAUUGGAGUGUGAAGGAAAGAAAAGAGAAGAAACAGAAAGAUCACAAAUGUACUAAAUUGCAACAACUCUCUGGCUUCUGAUGCAAAGGAGUUUCCAAUCGAAUGAAUCUACAAGGGUUGCAGGAGGAUUAAGGAGUUUCUUGUGAAACUGAAGUACGCAAAUUGUACAUAUACCGCUUGUAAAAGAAGAAUGUGAAUGAGCAAGAACAUGUGUUUUGUGGUCUGUGUUUAAAGGCUUUAAAAUGACAUGUUAGGAUGGGAAGGAAUUAUGUUACAUAAGAGUUUGUAAUAAAUUAUUUUCAGCUUUA